AUGAGUUCUCAGAAGCCGGCGGUGGCGGAGUUCGCGGGCUGUUUGGCGCUGCUGCUGAUCUCGGGCUUGCUGCCGCUUUUAAAGCUGCAGUAUUUGGAUUUUCCAGCAUCUUUGGCGCUGACUUACGGGCUGUUGCUGCUGGGAAUGCGCGGGCUGGAGGCGCGGACGCUGAACCCCGCGCUGGCGCUCGCGGACAUCUUCCAGGGUCACCUCGAGCCCACCGCCGGCCUCCUGCUGAUCCUGGCCCAGUUUGCUGGCGCUGCAGCCGGAGCUUUUGUGCUUUCCGGGCUUUGUGGGUCUUCAGAGGCCUUUCCGGGGGCCGCAGGCGCGGCGCCGGCGGGCCAGCUGCUGGCCGUGCAGCUGGUCUGCGGCGCCGCGCUGGCCUUCGCCCACCUCCGGGGGGCCCCCAGCAGCAGCAAGUGGGGGGGCCCCUGGCUGGGGGCCCUCCUGUACGGGAGUUUCGCGUUGGGGGGCCCCUCGGCGGCCUUUCUGAACCCCGCAGUGGCCCUGGGGGUGAACGUGGCCCGCGGGGUCUCGGGGGCCCCCACGGACGAGGCCCUGCUGGCCGCGCUGGUCUUGGGGCCCCUCCUGGCUGCGGGCCUUUCUUGUUUGCUGCUGCGGGCCUCGGAGGGGAGUCUGGAGGUCUCGGAGUUGGUGGGCACUUUCUUCCUCAGCUGCGGGCUGCUUGCUGCAGCAGCAAAGGGGGGGCCCGCUGCUGCAGCAGGCCUCGCCUGCUUUGCUGCUGCUGUUGUCCGCAUGCUGGCCCCCCUCUCUGGGGGCUCUCUCAACCCCGCAGUCUCUGCGGGGGCCCUUCUGAGUGAGGGCCGCAGCAUAACUCGAGAAGUAGCUGCUGUGUGGCUGUUCCAGGCCUGCGGGGCGCUUGCUGCUGCGCUGCUGCUGCAGCUCGCGGGCAGCAGCAGCAGCAGCAGCGGCGCUGCAGCGCUCGCUGCGGGCGACUGGAAGGCCCUCGCCUGCUGCGCGGCUCUCAGUGCUCUUCUUAUGAUCUCUUAUUGCACAAACUGGGGAGAGUUCUUCGGAUCGCCGGCCGCAGCAGCAGUGGGCGGGGUGUACGGACUCUCGGUGGCUGCGGCCGGAUCUGCACUCCCAGUCAACCCCGCCACUUCUUUCGGCGCUGCUUUCGCCGCUUUUUGCAAAACGGGAACUUUUCCGAACUUUCUGGAGACUUUUGCUGCAGUUUUCGUGCCAGUUUGCGGCUGCGCGGCCGGCGCGGUGCUGCUGCGCGCGCUGCCUUCGGAGUACCGCAGGCGGCUCUAG